ACCACACCACAACCACCACUUUUAGCUGUAGCCGCCGACGAUCGACCGGGUCCUGCACGGAGUGAUAUCACCCUGGUUGGGUCUGCGGUACCUGUUCGGACCCUGAAACCUUUAUGCCGGUGUUUAUCCUGCUCUGAUCAUCAUCAUCACUUACUCAUUGCCCCGUGGCUGAUGAUCGCCGGCCAUUCUCCAUCCCCCAUACUUGUAUCCUCCACCGUCUCCGUCCGCCUCGUCACUGUGGGGAACAACCGGCCUUUCUCCAGCAUCACUCAUCGCUAAAUAAGUGAUUUGCCGAUGGGUCCUCCCCGUCACCACCCGCCUUCUCCCUCUCCCUCUCCCUCUUCUUUUCUUCUUCUAGACCCUCCUCCUCUCGCCUUCUUUCUCUCCCUCCUCCUAAUUCUUCUCUCGCCCAUUGUCGCUGCAGAUACCUCGGCCGACUGGACGGUGCAGCCGUCCAAUAGCUCGGCGGAUCUCUCCUGGAUCGGUGACUAUAGAUUCCUGCUGAACAGCUCCCAGCUCCAGUUGUCUGCAUCCGUGACUUUGGCCCCGUUGACCCAGGCCCUGGUCAACCUUACCGACUCGGAUCUUACAACAUUUCAGAUCACCGGCAGCUUGGUGGAUGUGGACGCCACCAAUUCCCGCUCUUUAAGUAGCCAGGAUAUCGCUGUCAUCAGCUGCGACUCCUCUGUAUAUCACGGAAACUUAGAUGCUAGUGCAACUGUACAAUACGUCCUCACCGCGCAGCAAAAGGCAGCCGCCGUGAUCCUGUACAGUGCGUCCGCAACACACUGCACUUAUUCAUCUUCCGGUUCAUCCGCCAGCCCGUACGAGAACGUUUUUACUGUGCUGAACCCGCUCUGGUCGAAACCACUUCUCACGCAGCUUACUUCCCUUGGAGACGGCUCGUCUACCAUCUAUCCGAAAUCCACCAACAUGUCGUUCCUCGCCACGAACCCGAACCAGGUCGGGUCAACCGGAGAUAGUCCGAACACGGCCAUGAUCAUCUUGUAUACUAUCACGGGUAUUAUCACGGCGCUCUUUCUAGCCAUCAUCAUUACCGGUGCAGUCCGGGCUCAUCGCCAUCCUGAACGCUAUGGACCGCGGCAUACGGCGGGGCGACCGCGGCAAAGUCGAGCAAGAGGUAUAGCACGAGCCAUGCUCGACACGAUCCCGAUUGUCAAAUUCGGGGACAACAACACCGACAACGGCAAGACCGAUGCAGUCAAGGGGGAUGUAGAGAUGGGAAUGGGUCCCGAAACGCAGUCUCGUGAGACUCUCGAGGAGGGACGUGAAACGACGACCAUGCCCGCGACCACGAAUACGACGACGGAUGAGGUCUCCGCACCUGCAUCGCCUCAUUCCCAGGAGAUGCCGAUAACUGCGCCGCAUUCCACGGAUGAGCGACGCAGCACUGCCCCCGAUGCGGGAACAACCGAUUACCCGAACUUUUCCUGUCCAAUCUGCACGGACGACUUUGUCAAGGGCCAAGAUCUGCGCGUGCUUCCGUGCAACCACCAAUUCCACCCGGAGUGUAUCGAUCCCUGGUUGGUGAAUGUGUCUGGCACCUGCCCGCUUUGUCGGAUCGAUCUCAACCCCGCUCGACCCGAAGGCGAGGAAGGACAAGAGCAAGGCGAUAGCCACACGGAGACGGCUCCCGAGGCGGCCACCGCCACCCCAGCAGCGCCUGAGGCCAACAGCCACCAGCACCGUCACCGUCGUCUGAGCAGCUAUCUUCACAGCACGUUGAAUGCCCGCCGCAUGCGCGAUGCCAGCGUUGAGGAGCGUCUCGCAGCUUUGCGCAGUGUCCGGGAAGAGACGACUCGCCAGGACUCGCAGCCUGACCCUACCGAAGAGAGCGAUCGGCGGCGAAGCGGUCUGACGAGACGGCUGCGCGAGCGCUUCCGCGUGCGCACGCGGGCGCACGGAGCCGAGCCGGCACCAGAGGAAGCACCGGUCACGCCCGCCCCUGCCACCACCCAGUGACGAUCUACCUAACAUGACUUCUAUCUGUAUAUGUUGUAUGUUCUUUUUUGUUUGAGCAUCGCACGCACGCACGCAGAAGAUGCAUCUUUUUCUCUUUUUCUAUCUUUCUUUUUUUUUUUUCUUUUCGAAGCAUGUGAUACUACGCUGUGGAUUUAUACACGGGUUGUAUAGUAUGUACAUGGCGACGACGAUGAUAACGACACCACCUGACAACGACAAAGAUGAUGACGAGGAUGGGAUGCUGUGACAUAGCCUAGCCUGGCUGCUAUC